CCUUAAGAGUGGAUGAUGAAAGCUAACUCUCCCAUUGAUCAGCUUUCAACAUGACAAACAACUGGUGAUCGAAGGCGGAGGGAUCCCCGGAAUACAGUCCUGAAUGGAGGAACCCCCCCACUCCCCCUCCCCCCCAAACCUCUCCUUUAAACCACCUAUCUGAUGCCAGAAGUGGGAGAGACAGGACUGGGAAGCCUGUAUGUACCAGAAUAAGGAAAGAAUGAUAUGAAUCAGGUGUUGAAGUUUACUAUAUGAGAAAAGGAUACAGCUGGGAAGCAAGAGGAGGGUUCCGGAGGACCAGCAGUGGCCCCUACUGGUCAUAUCUGGGGAUGGACUGGACAGGUCUUGACAAAGACCCCCCAUGCCAAGCACAGAAGACCCCACUACGACCAAAACAGGACAGACAGGACCAAUGAUGGGACAGGGCACUGCUGUCCCACACACGGGACGGACACCAGAUGGGACCCAGAAAUGGACUGAAGGGACACAGGACUGGAGUGGGAAUAUGGGGUAACCUUGAAGACAAUGAUACCAGGCAAGACGUGAAGGGCAGAAACACAGCAUAGGACAAACAGCAGGACUAGGGGCAUAGAACCAGCAAGGGCAGGACCAGGGACCAGGGAGGUGACAGGAGACACCAAAAACACCACAAACGGAUAGAUAGAGGGACAAAAGGGCUGGAGGGGACAGGUAGGCCAGAGCAGAGCUGGGAUGUGUCCUGUGUCCCCGCACCUUUGCUUCUGCAGAAGGGUGGCCCGGACAGAUAGUGUUCAAUGACUGGGGCUCUGGGUGGCCCGGACAGAUAGUGUUCAAUGACUGGGGGUCUGGGUGGCCGGCACAGAUGGUGUUCAGUGACUGGGGGUCUGGGUGGCCGGCACAGAUGGUGUUCAGUGACUGGGGGUCUGGGUGGCCGGCACAGAUGGUGUUCAGUGACUGGGGGUCUGGGUGGCCGGCACAGAUGGUGUUCAGUGACUGGGGGUCUGGGUGGCCGGCACAGAUGGUGUUCAGUGACUGGGGGUCUGGGUGGCCGGCACAGAUGGUGUUCAGUGACUGGGGGUCUGGGUGGCCGGCACAGAUGGUGUUCAGUGACUGGGGAUCUGGGUGGCCGGCACAGAUGGUGUGCCCCAGUCGCCUCCUCCAGGAGAUGAAGACUUGGCCAGCCCCUCCCUUGGGCCCCAGAUGACACCGGUGGUCACCCCGGGGGAGAGCGCAGGCUGAGCUGCGGGGAGCCACCGGGUGAAUCUGCAGGGACCUGAUGGGCUGAGCCGCGGCGAGGUGCAGGGAGACAGAAGGCAUGAGUGGCCUCACGCUCAAAUAGCCACUGCACCUCAGCCAUUCGGAGCAGGACCUUCUCCGCUUCCUGGAGAUCCGUGUCUGGGGUGAGUCCAGACAGCACCCUCCCGGCAUGUAGGAAGAGGGUUCUGGCCUCAGGGAAUAUCCAUACCACAGGAGGUCUCCUCCAUUCCAGGUGUUCAUCCAAGAGAGCGCCCCCUGCUGGUCAUAUCAGAGGAGAUUGACAUGGCAGUUUCACAACUGCAUUUUGACUGCAAGUUAAUGAACAAAAACUGCUGUAAAUUGAAAGUGGCAACAGGUACAAUAGCUCCCCCCCCCGAGGCCGGUUUAUGUUUUUCACAUGUGGCACCUGUAGUUUUAACAAGAUAACACAAAAUGUCUAUCACUGCUGACUAUUUAAAUGUUCUCUCUUUUUUUGUAGUAUUAUUUUGGUUAUAACUUGCUCUGUUUGUUUGCUAAAUCAGAUCUUGACCCAAAACUGAAUACCGAACUGAGAAAAAACACCAUUCAUAUUUAAAUCUUUGUUUAUUAAGGAAGGUUAAGCAGCACACAGUGUACCUGUGUGAAGAACUCAUCAUCUCUUCACACUUGGUGAACAGUCUAGCACCGUCUUGCAAAAUUCUCUGGCAAAGCAGAAAUCAUGGCCCCACAGGUCAAAACGCAGCAAACAAGCCCAUGAAUGAAACAUACACGUGGCGGAUGGUAUGAGGUACUUGUUGUCGAAAACAGUUUCUAGUUUCUCAAAAGACAUAGUGAAGAGCAUUUCAUCCAAGAUUCAUCUGUCUAUAAAACAUUGUUCGGGAUCUCUUUCUGGGAAAACUGGACACUGAUGUUUGCAGUGAACAUCACGGCCUGAACAGGUUCAUUCUUGUACAAUUCUAAAAGUUGCUCUUUGGGAGAUUUUGCCAUGGUAUUUACUCCUGGGAAGAUUAAGGUCCAAAUGUGUUUGCCAGUGUGUCUUACCCCACUCUUUGGGGACCCCCAUACAGUCUACAAUCUCCCCCCCCCCCCCCAUUACAGUCUACAUGUUUGGUCCCCCUCUACUCCCAGGCAAUGAAUAACACUAAAUACCUGGUACUGACAGACCCCUUCCUCAAUCGCACGAGGGAAUCUAAUGAGUCCAGAGGGCUGGGUAACCAAAGCGUCCUGGCUCCCUGUGAGCAGGUGCUCAUCCAGGCAGAGGUCUUCCUGACCCUGGGCAUCAUAAGCCUCCUGGAAAACAUCCUGGUCAUCCUCGCCAUCAUCAAGAACAGGAACCUCCACUCGCCCAUGUACUUCUUCCUCUGUAGCCUUGCCGUGGCCGACAUGCUGGUGAGCGUGUCCAACUCCCUGGAGACAAUCGUCAUCGCCAUCCUCAACAACCGCUACCUUGUCGUCAACGACCGCUUCAUCCAGAUGAUGGACAACAUCUUCGACUCCAUGAUCUGCAUCUCCCUGGUAGCGUCCAUCUGCAACUUGCUGGUCAUCGCCAUCGACCGCUACAUCACGAUCUUCUACGCGUUGCGCUACCACAGCAUCAUGACCGUCCGGAAAGCCCUUCUGGCUAUCACCGCCAUCUGGCUGACCUGCACUGUCUGUGGGAUCCUCUUCAUUGUCUACUCGGAGAGCAAGAUGGUCAUCAUCUGCCUCAUCACCAUGUUCUUCGCCAUGCUGGUCCUCAUGGCCACCCUCUAUAUCCACAUGUUCCUGCUGGCCCGGCUGCACGUUAAGCGCAUCGCUGCCCUGCCCGCCGAAGGUGUGGUCCAACAGAGGACCUGCAUGAAGGGAGCCAUCACCAUCACCAUCCUCCUGGGCGUCUUCAUCUGCUGCUGGGCUCCAUUCUUCCUCCACCUCAUCCUCAUCAUCACCUGCCCAAAGAACCCAUACUGCAUCUGCUACAUGUCCUACUUCACCACGUACCUGGUGUUAAUCAUGUGCAACUCUGUCAUCGACCCCAUCAUCUAUGCCUUCCGCAGCCUGGAGAUGCGCAAGACAUUCAAGGAGAUCAUCUGCUGCUGUGGCACAAGCUGCAACCAGCGCUGUAAGCACUGAGGAAGAGCAGACCUCAGCCGGUGCCACUGACCCUGCAUCGGGACGCCGAGGAGGUCCGUGCGCCUGCUGUUCCCUUAUCUGUUCCAGCAAGGCGCACUCAGCUUUAUUCUGUUUCGUUGUAUGAGGCAUCGGAUGGGGAGCUUUGA